AUGCGCGUUCUGCGGCAUCUGUUCGGGGAUGAAAAAAGGCCCUGCAAUAAGUCAAGGGUUAUAACCGUUGCAGUGAAGCGCUAUCUGCAGGCAUUCACGUCGUCAAAAGACAGUAUGAACUUAAUAAAAAUAAUGGAACACAAAAUGUCAAAACAAGAACUAAUCCAACUGUCCCAACGGAUGGAAGAAAUGCAGCAGCGGAUUCUGUAA